AUGGGAAUUCGACCUCAGCAAUCUGUAGACGAAGACGACGAGGAUCUUCUAGGUUGCGGAACUACGGUUUCCGGCCAAUCAGGCUCCACCAGCAGGAGUGCCGGUAUGCCGUCUACCGGGACUGCCGCUGGUGACAACGCUGCUCUCAAAUUAAACCAUCUUGAUAUACAGGAUGAUGAUGCUGCAUCACAGGGAGUAGUUGCUAGCAAGAAGAAAAAGAGAGGUCAACAAAGGGCUGUUGGUGGUGAUAAAAGUGGAAGAGGGCUUCGCCAAUUUAGCAUGAAAGUUUGUGAGAAAGUAGAAAGUAAGGGAAGAACAACUUACAAUGAGGUGGCAGAUGAACUUGUGGCUGAGUUUGCUGAUCCGAUCAAUAGUGUUUUGUCUCCUGAUAAGCAAACAUACGAUGAGAAAAACAUUCGGCGAAGGGUCUAUGAUGCUCUGAAUGUUCUCAUGGCAAUGGACAUUAUCUCUAAGGAUAAAAAGGAAAUACAAUGGAGGGGUCUUCCUCGUACUAGUCUGAAUGAUAUUGAAGAGCUAAAGACAGAGCGUCUUGGGCUCAGGACUAGAAUUGAAAGGAAAUCAUCCUAUCUGCAGGAGCUAGAGGAACAAUUUGUAGGUCUUCAAAACCUUAUUCAACGAAAUGAACAGUUAUAUAGCUCUGGAAAUCCUCCCAGCGGAGGUGUAUCUUUACCCUUUAUUCUGGUACAGACACGACCUCAUGCAACUGUUGAAGUGGAAAUAUCAGAAGACAUGCAGCUUGUUCAUUUUGAUUUUAAUAGUACUCCCUUUGAGUUGCAUGACGACAAUUAUGUGCUAAAGGCAAUGGAAUUUGGUGAUAGACCACAGAGUGAUACUGUUACACACAAUGUUACAGAUGCGGGUGAAGGUUCUAGCAUGUCAGGCAUGCAGUCACAGGUUCCUCCUUCAGUUUCAAGCGUGUCAACUAGACCUCCCACAUCACCUCCACUCCCUGGAAUAUUAAAGGCAAGAGUUAAGCAAGAACAUUGA